GGAGGUGGGGUUUGGUGUUCAGGCUAGGUUGCUCUGGACUACAGCUUCAAGUGAAGUUAAUCUGGGGUGAAGCAAACAGAAAAUUGUGCAGAUUUUGUUGGUUUGCAGAAGAGGAAAAUGGCUCAAGAAACGAACCAUAGCCAAGUGCCUAUGCUUUGUUCCACUGGAUGCGGAUUUUAUGGAAACCCUCGAACAAAUGGAAUGUGUUCAGUAUGCUAUAAAGAGCAUCUUCAAAGGCAGAAUAGUAGUAAUGGUAGAAUUAGCCCUUCUGCAACUUCUGUCACUAGUAUAACUGAGUCCUUACCAGUUCAAUGCACAGAAGGCAGCGCGCAGGAAACUCAGUCAGCUUUAGACUCUACAUCUACCCCAUCUAUGCAGCCAAGCCCCGUGUCAAACCAGUCACUUUUAACAGAAUCUGUAGCAUCUUCCCAAGUGGAAAGUACGGUUGUGGAUAAAACAGUACCUGAAACAGAAGAUUUGCAAGCUUCUGUGUCGGAGAGUGCAGAGCCCACAACUGAGGAACAAGACAAGUCUCUCGACAAACCAAAACAGAAGAAGAAUCGUUGUUUCAUGUGCCGGAAGAAGGUUGGACUUACUGGGUUUGAAUGUCGGUGUGGAAAUGUUUUCUGUGCUAUGCACCGUUAUUCAGAUGUACACAGUUGCUCUUAUAAUUACAAAGCUGAUGCUGCUGAGAAAAUCAGAAAAGAAAAUCCUGUAGUUGUUGGGGAAAAGAUCCAGAAGAUUUGAACUGCUGCUUCUGCUAGAAUACAAAAUCCUCUGACCAUCUGCAGAUUAAAUCGACUUGAGCUUUUUUCCUUAGUCAUCAGGAAUGUAGAGCAGUGUACCUUGCCUAGACCUUUUAAUCAUGCAUGUCAUCAGAUGAAUAGAUUUUUUUCAUUUAUUUUCUUUUGUUUGUUUUGAAAUGACUCAACAUUUUAUUUUCAUUGCAGUUUUCUGUGGCUGAAAACUUAACUUUACAAGUAUUAUCCUUUAAGAUCAUUUUAAUUUUAGUUGAGUGCAGAGGGCUUUUAUAACAAACAUGGAGAAAAAUAUUGGAGGGCUGUGCUUUCCCAGCGUAAAGCAUGCAUGCGUUAACUUUGCAGUUUAUUUCUUGUUGUAUAUAGCUUUUCUCUGCAGCACAAUUUUUUUUUUGAUAAUGCCUUGUAUGGCACAACUAGUUAUCAGUAACUGAAUGUAUUUUAAUCAUUAUGGCUGCUUCUGGUUGGUUUUUUUUUUGUUGUUGUUGUUGUUUUUUUUUCCCCCUCCCCAUUAACAAGAAAGGAUAUACAUGUUGGCAUAUUAGCUUGUUUGCACCCACUACCUAUUUAUGUAUGAAUCAUUUGUAAUGAGUGUGUGCUGAGAUUAAGUUUGCGUGGUUUUUUUAAAAAAUGGUUUUGGUUUUUGUGUGUGUGGGGGGAGGCUGUAUGCACUUCAUUGACUGCAGGUUUCAUUGGGAUUACAUUCAUCAGUCUGUAUGUACACCAAUAUGAAGAAUGAUCUGAAGUAACUGUGCUGUAUUUAUGUUUAUCCACGUCUUAACUUUGAUUAAAUAAAAUUUUAAAAAAUUGGA